AUGGCGAUCUCCAAGCUCAUCGCAUUGUUCUUCGCUUUCGCGGCCGUGGCGGCGACGCUGCCGCCGUCCGAAGCGAGGGUCCAGGGGUUCACGACCACAACCGGGAACCAAGAAGAAGCAGACCCUUCGUCCAAGGCCGCCGCCCAGGCCGGAGGCGCCCCCGGCUUCUCCCUGCCGUUGCCUCAGAUCCCCGGCCUUCCGCCAUUGUUCGGCGGCUUCCCCUUCCCGCCGCUGCCUCAGAUCCCCGGCCUUCCACCGUUGUUCGGGCCGCUCCCCGGCGCGCCAGGCGCUCCACCAUCUCCCGGCAUCCCACACUUUCCGCCCAGCGCUGGCUCUGCUGCCGCCCCAGCGCCGCCACCGCCCGCAGAGUGCCUGACGCCGUUGAUGCAGAUGGCGCCGUGCGUGGACUACCUCACCAACAUCACCGUCGUCGCGCCCCCGGCCACGUGCUGCGACGGCCUCAAGUCGGUCAUCAGCGGCGCGCCCAUCUGCCUCUGCCACGGCAUGAACGGCGGCAUGAGCAAGCUCUUCCCCAGGCCCAUCGAUCCGAUCCGGAUGCUCAUCCUUCCGCUCAGGUGCGGCGCCAUGCUGCCACUAGGGACGCUUCUCACGUGCUCCACUCAAACCCUACCGCCGCUGGCUCCUCCUAGUUCCACUCCAGCGCCCCCUGCUUCUCCCGUGUCUCCGGCGCCUGCUAGUUCGCCCGUGUCAACACCUACAGGUAGCUUACCAAGCUGA